GGACUCUUACCUUUGUUGCAUUUUUACACUUUUUUUGGAUAAGAUUAAAUUGGUAUUAAUAAGGUAAUAACACUCUAAAAUGCAAGACAGACCCACCAGGAGUAAAAACAAACAAUUAUUUCACCCUCAUAAUAUUUAGUGAAAACUUCAACCAAUAAGAUUCUUCGGACCGAAGGAUCUUAUUGGCCGACAGACCUGUCUGUUUGCUAGAUGGACAUGCAGGUUUUUCGCGGUUUUCCGUCUGCUUCUUGUGGCGCAUUCGGGCCCGCGUCAUCAAGGCGCGUCCUCAAAUAGAGGGUUUGUUUUGAUUCCACGGCAGUCAGUAGCGAGUAGCGGCUGAUGAUGGCGGACCAAAGUGGUACACCACGUACUGAAACAACCGCUCCCAGGGGGAAAAACAAAAGUUUAGCAGAGAUGGUCACCCGAAAAAAAGAACUCGAUACUGCAAGAGGAAAACGUCGAGUAAACAUCGGCUCUGCUUUUGAGCAAUGGAGGGAACUGAUGAAGCUGCAGCCAGAGCUAAAAUCGGAUGAAAUGGUCGCGGAGUUUCUGCUGGAAAGGUACUUUUACUUUGCAUAACAUAACCAAAAACAUCAUAUAACCUUACGAUUGACUAUUUGUUGCAGACACUUACCGGAAUCACGUUUAGCAUAAUGCUAACGGACCUACCGUUAGCUCCAGCUACUUAAGCAGUUUGCUCGGGAAAUAAAGAAAUAUUCUCCACUUAUAGUCUUCCUCACCGUUUUACACAGUACUAGUGUGCUUUAAAUUGUUUUGGCUCAUUCACACACACAUUCAUACACCGAAGGCAGCAGUUAGCAGGGUGCUAACUGUCCAUGUGUGUGUAAAUCAUAGGUGUAAGUCAUAUCAUAUCUGUGUUUGUCGCUGUUUCCAUGUUCAGUACAAGGUACAGUUUAUCAUAUUUUAACUUUCUGCUGGUACAACCCGCCCACUCACGUUAAUAUUUGUGUGUGCACUGCAUGUGCAUGUUUGUGUUUUAGUUACGGAAAAACAACGUCGACGCCAGUAAAACAUGGUUUCAAGAGGCCUCCUCCGCCACCAUUGUCCACCAUUGCCGAAUCUUUUUCAGAACGAGAGGAGGAUUUCUCUGUUCAUGGAGUGGAGGGUUUGGACAGCUACUCGGCUGAGACCUCACUUCUCACAAUACAAGCAAGUGUUACAUCAGCAGAUGAAAGAUUGGGUGACAUCAAUGAGGACGCAUUUAAUGAUAUAACAAACUCUAUCAUUGACCACGAUGAGGACGAAUACGAUCCUUCUUGGCAUCCAGACAUGGAGGCGCAAUCAGAUUUGCUGUUGGAAGAGGAGGACACUGUAGAGGAAGACUCUGACUGCAAUGACAGCGACGACCCAGAUUACGUGCCACUUUUUCGUGUGUGCAAAGGCAGAUCUCUGAAUACUGGGUUCAUCCUUGAAGAAUGUCCAUCAGUCACCAUGGAAGACACUGUGCAUGACACGGGAGACGACACAGAUCAAGAUGAUCAUGAAGAAGAUCUCUCUGUGCUGGAGCAAGAGCAAGAGACACAACAUCUUCCCCAAAAAAAGCAAAGAAGGCAACCAAAUAGAUCAGAGAUAACUGUUGAGGUGGAAGAGGAUAUAAUUGGCAAACCGGCUUCUAUUGCUUACCAUGACUGUCUGAGGCAGCUUUGUGAGUUUGUUGCUUUGCCAAUAGAUUCUUGUAAUGGGAAGGACCCCAUCACCCAAAAACAAUGUCAGGCAAAAGGACCUUUUGAGAUUAACAUCAAGUCAAGGGUCACAGCUGCCGUCAUUGAAUGGCUGUGUCCUCAAGGUCAUAUCGUGUGGCGGUGGUCUUCCCAACCAACUUUAAAAUUUGGCAGUCAGUUAGGAGACUUUCUAAUGGCCACCAACAUUUUGCUCACAGGCAACAACUACACAAAGGUGAAAAUGCUUUUCAACUUCAUGAAUAUGGGGAUGAUCAAUGAGAUACUUUGCGGGCAUCCAAGACAACUACUGUGUGGACACUAUAAAGGCGUUCUGGAAUGCGAGAAGAGCCAAAGUGAUUGCCAAUGUGAAGACAUUAGGACCAACUGUUGCUCUCGGAGAUGGAAGGAUGGACAGUCCAGGAUUCUGCGCCCAGUACUGUACGUACACUGCCAUGGACAAUGCCACAAGACAAAUAAUCAACGUGGUGAAUGUGGACAAGCGUGAGACUUCGCGGAAAUCGACCAACAUGGAGAAGGUGGCCUUUAUAGAGACAUUAGACACGCUGAAGCAAGAUCUUGAUGUCAUUGAGUUCUGCACUGAUGCACACAGCCAAAUAUCGGCCCUAUUCAACAAAAACAAAGGGCUGUACAAGGACAGUGGCGUCAAGCACACGCUGGAUAUGUGGCACGGAGCCAAGAAUCUUGGCAAAAAAAUCCAUGCUGCCGGCCUCCAAAAAGGCUGUUCACUAUUACUUGUCUGGAAGAAGGAUAUCUGCAACCACUUUUGGUACUGCUGCAAGGCAGCAAAUACAGUGGAGGAUUUCUGGGACAUGUGGACAGGAUUGCUACACCAUGUCACCGGAGAACACCAGUGGGGACUUGGCGGCUGUUACCAUGGCCCAUUGGAGGAAAAUGGCAACAAGGAGCUUAUUCCAAAGGGAAGCACUGCACACCGCAAAAUCACAGAACUGAUCAUGGAUGAGAGGUGGUCAAAGACGAUUCCAAAGUACUUGACCUUUAGAUCCACUGGUGCCCUGGAGUGUUUCCAUGCACACCUUCUGAUGUACGCAUCAAAACGAAUCGCCUUCGUACCACCUGUGUAUGCGGCCCGAACACUUUUAGCUGCCCUCGACUACAAUGAACACUGCAGCCGACCCUACUAUGUGAAGGCAGAUGGCAAAUACAGCUACCACAAAAUGUACAACAAAAAAAGCGGUGGCUUCUGUCUGUACAUAAAGAAGGUCAAGAAGAGUUAUGAGUACAUAAAAGACCUCCAGUGUGCCAUCCUACGCUGCAAGUUGGACCAGUUGGCGGCAGGGAGGGGCAUGCCUCGGAAAAGAGCGAUGAGACCAGAUGACCCCCGACGACUUGGGACUCUCAGUGGUGUCCCUGCACCAUCAACGGAACAAAUUUUGGAGACUCAACGCAGCAGAGGUCGUGGUGAGUUGACAUGUGAUUGUGACACCUACUGUUUUUUUUAAUAACAUCUCUCAUUGGAGAAGGAGCAUAACUUCUCCUUAUAUGUUACCUGUUAGAUUGUCCAUAAACGCAUAAUCGAUGGAAGAUAAAGUUAAAUCUUUUUAUCUGGCUAGUAAUACCUAACUUUGCAAUUUUGUCCAAUGUUACAUUUUGAUUUUUAUUACUCUCUGUCAAGGUGAACCACUCCCGCAAAAGUAGAAGACGAUCUGCACCAACCAGGGCUUGUCCUGGCAUCAAACCUGCCGUCUUGUCUGAAAGGACAACCAGAGAACUCCGGAUAUAAAGCAAUAUUUUGAAAAUGUAGACUUAUGUCAUUGGUUUCCAUAAUGUAAGAUGUGUGUUUUUGGGAUCACUGAAUUCCCUCAGUAAGAUUUUUAAACAUUAAAACUUUUUUUCAUAAAAUCAAAUUGAUUCUGAAGUUCAUACAGAAUAUGUGGAGAAAUUAAACUAAGGCAUUCUGUAAGCAUUCAGUUGAAAUUCAAAGAAUACACUUCCUAUAUAU